CGCCACUUGGAGGGUCCGAUGUGGGCGUAGCACCUUUACUGUUGCGCCGUCUCUGGUACUACGCCCCCUGGAGGGAUGGGUGGGGGGCCGCCCUGGGGUCCACUUGCCGAAUACGAUCUCAGGCGUAACUUAAGUCAGUACGCCUACAAGUCAUUUGAAUGCCCGUGCACGAAUCCCCUUGAAGCUCGUCACUGUGUCUCCAGUUCUUCCAUAUUUAUACAGCACCCUGGCGUGCCGUAGACGCACAAGCAUGUCGCGUCUUUAGCGUGAAGGAGCGCUUAGCCGGGACCCGGAGCAGAACCACAGAGGACGCGAAGAGCCGAGUUGCAUCCAAGUUGCAUUCGAGUUGCCCCUUCGUUGUGACAGCGGUCCUAUAUAUAUCCUCAGGGCAAGGAGGACACACGCACACAACGCACACACACAGAUCCACACACACACACACACAGCCCAACCCCGACGGCAGCAUGCAGGAGUCGGACACCACGGUGUGCCAGCUGCAGCCCAACAUCAUCUCGGUGGGCCUGUUCAAGAGGAAGAUGGGAGGCCUGGGCUUCCUGGUGAAGCAGCGAGUGUCCAAGCCGCCCGUCAUCGUGUCGGACCUGAUCCGGGGCGGCGCCGCCGAGGAGUGCGGGCUGGUCCAGGUGGGCGACAUCAUCCUGGCGGUGAACAAUAAGCCCCUGGUGGACCUGUCCUACGAGCGCGCCCUGGAGACGCUGAAGAACGUGUCGCCCGAGACCCAUGCCGUGCUCAUCUUGCGCGGCCCAGAGGGCUUCACCACCCACCUGGAGACCACCCUGUCCGGGGACGGCCGGCAGCGGACGGUGCGCGUCACCCGGCCCGCCUUCCCGGCGUCCAAGUCGUACGAGCGCAGCUACCCGGCGAGCCCCGUGGGGGGGCAGGCGGCCCAGCAGCAGGCCCACAAAGAGGUGCAGCUCCGGGCCAUAGAGAACCUGUCCUCGCCCGCCAACACGCCCUCCAAGUUCCAGAGGGGCGGCGUGCAGGCGCUGAUCGCGGCCCAGGACCCCCUGCUGCGGGGGGACCCCCUGCUGAUGAGGGAGGGGCUGCGCGGGGCGCUGCUCCACAACGGGGUGGAGGAGAACAAUGACCUGCUGAAGGAGAUCGAGCCCGUGCUGCGGCUCAUCAGGAACAGUAAGAGGGAGCUGAACGGAGAGGGCCAGCGGACCGCCGAGCGCCGCGACGCCGAGAUACAAGUGGACCGGGACCUUUGCGGUGGAAACGAUACUUCCCCGCAGCUGUUGUCAGGGAACGGCAAACCAGCCGAGGAUUUGUCCAAGAUGGACAACAAGCCGACGUCGACCGAUGACCCUGAAACUGACAAGCUCCCCGCCCCCGGCACAACCUCACCCAGCAGGUCUGUCCAGAACGGCAGCCCCUCCAAAUGCCCCCGCUUCAUGAAGACCAAGAACUGGGAGAGUGGCACCGUUUACAGCGACACCCUUCACCACAGCGCCAGCGAGAUGCCCAUCUGCACCGAGCCCGUGUGCCUUGGCUCCAUCAUGAUUCCCAACCAGCGCAAACCGGAUGAGGUUCGAACCAAAGAGGAGCUCCUACCCUUGGCCACGGACUUCAUAGACCAGUACUACACCUCCAUGAAGAGGUUCGGCUCCAAGGCCCACGUGGACCGGCUGGAGGAGGUGACCAAGGAGAUCCAGACUUCCAACACCUACCAGCUGAAAGACACAGAGCUUAUCUAUGGGGCCAAGCAUGCCUGGAGGAAUGCUGCACGCUGUGUGGGGAGGAUCCAGUGGUCCAAGUUACAGGUGUUUGAUGCCAGGGACUGCGCUACAGCACAUGGAAUGUACAACUACAUCUGUAACCACAUCAAGUACGCCACCAACAAAGGCAACCUGAGGUCUGCCAUUACAAUCUUUCCGCAGCGGACGGACGGGAAGCACGACUUCCGUGUGUGGAACACGCAGCUGAUUCGCUACGCUGGCUACAAGCAGCCCGACGGCGGAAUACUGGGAGAUCCUGCCAACAUUGAACUCACAGAGAUCUGCAUCCAGCAGGGCUGGAAGCCCCCCAAGGGCCGCUUCGAUGUGCUGCCGCUCCUUCUGCAAGCCAACGGCAACGACCCGGAGCUGUUUGAGAUCCCGGAAGACCUCAUCCUGGAAGUCCACAUGUCACACCCCAAGUUUGACUGGUUUAAGGAUCUGGGCCUCAAGUGGUACAGCCUCCCCGCCGUGUCCAACAUGCUGAUGGAGAUCGGGGGCCUGGAGUUCAGCGGCUGUCCCUUCAGCGGCUGGUACAUGGGCACGGAGAUCGGCGUGAGAGACUUCUGCGACAGCUCUCGCUACAACAUCAUGGAGGAGGUGGCGAACAGGAUGGGCUUGGACACCAGGAAGACAUCGUCCUUGUGGAAAGACCAGGCGCUGGUGGAGACAAACAUUGCAGUUCUCCAUAGCUUCCAGUCGGCCAAGGUGACGAUCGUGGACCACCACUCGGCCACCGAGUCCUUCAUGAAGCACAUGGAGAACGAGUUCCGGGUGCGCGGAGGCUGCCCGGGGGACUGGGUGUGGAUCGUUCCCCCCAUGUCCGGGAGCAUCACGCCCGUCUUCCAUCAGGAGAUGCUUAACUACCGCCUCACCCCCUCCUUCGAGUACCAGGCUGAUCCAUGGAACAACCACGUAUGGAAGGGAGUCAAUGGAACGCCCACGAAGAAGAGAGCCAUCGGAUUCAAGAAGCUUGCAAAGGCAGUGAAGUUCUCUGCCAAGCUGAUGGGUCAAGCCAUGGCCAAGCGGGUCAAAGCCACCAUUUUGUUUGCCACAGAGACGGGCAAAUCCCACGACUACGCCAAGACGCUCUGUGAGAUCUUCAAGCAUGCAUUUGAUGCCAAGGUCAUGGCUUUGGACGAGUACGACGUCGUGGAUCUUGAACAUGAGACUCUGGUUCUGGUGGUGACCAGCACAUUCGGCAAUGGGGAUCCGCCUGAAAAUGGAGAGAAAUUUGGGGCAGCCUUGAUGGAGACGCGACACCCGACAUCGAGCACAGAGGACAGGAAGAGCUACAAGGUCCGCUUCAACAGUGUGUCCUCUUACUCAGACACACGCAAGUCCUCCAGCGACGAGCCAGAGGCCAGGGUCAACUUUGAGAGCACUGGACCUUUCGCCAAUGUCAGGUUUUCCGUGUUUGGCCUUGGCUCGCGGGCCUAUCCUCACUUCUGUGCCUUUGCCCACGCCGUGGACACGCUGUUCGAGGAGCUGGGGGGCGAACGCAUCCUCCGCAUGGGCGAGGGCGACGAGCUCUGUGGCCAAGAGGAGUCCUUCAGAACCUGGGCCAAGAAGGUCUUUAAGGCUGCGUGUGACGUGUUCUGCGUCGGUGAUGAUGUGAACAUCGAGAAGGCCAACCACUCAUUGAUCAGCAACGACCGCAGCUGGAAGAAAAGCAAGUUCCGGCUGACCUACACAGCCGAGGCCCCCACCCUCACCGACGGAUUGAAAAGCGUUCACAAGAAGAAGGUCUAUGGGGCAAAGAUGAUAGAAUCCCAAAAUCUACAGACGGCAAAGUCAAAUCGCUCCACCAUCUUCGUGCGGCUCCACACGAAUAACCAUGAGAAUCUGGGCUACAGACCUGGCGAUCAUUUGGGCAUCUUCCCCGGAAACCACGAGGACCUGGUGAUGUCUCUCAUAGACAAGCUGGAGGACGCUCCGCCCGUCAACCAGAUCGUCAGGGUGGAGUUUCUGGAGGAGCGGAACACCGCCUUAGGUGUGAUCAGUAACUGGACCGAUGAGAACCGCAUCCCGCCGUGCACCAUCUCCCAGGUCUUCCAGUACUUCCUGGACAUCACCACGCCGCCCAGCCCUGUCCUGCUGCAGCAGUUUGCCUCACUGGCAACCAAUGAGAAGCAGAGGAACAAACUGGAGGUCCUCAGUAAGGGCUUGCAGGAGUACGAGGAGUGGAAGUGGUUCAACAACCCAACCCUGGUGGAGGUGCUGGAGGAGUUCCCCUCGAUCCAGAUGCCUUCCACCCUGCUGCUCACUCAGCUGCCCCUGCUCCAACCACGCUACUACUCCAUCAGCUCCUCUCCGGACGUCCAUCCAGGGGAGAUCCACCUCACCGUGGCCGUCGUCUCCUACCGACCCCGAGAUGGAGAGGGGCCGAUUCACCACGGAGUGUGCUCUUCUUGGCUCAACAGGAUAGAGGAGGGCGAGAUGGUGCCGUGUUUUGUGCGCGGCGCUCCGUUGUUCCAGCUGCCCAAGGACCACAGAGUCCCCUGUAUCCUGGUGGGUCCAGGGACCGGCAUCGCACCGUUCAGAAGCUUCUGGCAACAGAGACUGUACGACAUCGAAAACAAAGGCAUUGAGUCUGGCUCCCUGGUCCUGGUGUUUGGCUGCCGGCAGUCCCAGAUGGACCACAUCUACAAGGAGGAGACCAUUCAGGCCAAGAACAAGGAAGUGUUCAAAGAGCUCUACACGGCUUACUCCAGAGAGCCUGGAAAACCAAAGAAGUAUGUACAGGACGUGUUGCGGGAGCAGCUGGCGGAGACAGUGUACCAGUCCCUGAAGGAGGAGGGGGGACACCUCUACGUGUGCGGGGACGUGACCAUGGCCGGAGACGUCCUGAAGACCAUCCAACACAUCGUCAAACUGCAGGGAAACAUGAGCCACGAGGACGCAGGCUUCUUCAUCAGCAAGCUCAGAGACGAGAAUCGCUACCACGAGGAUAUCUUUGGAGUCACGCUGCGUACCUACGAGGUCACCAACCGGCUUCGCUCUGAGUCCAUCGCCUUCAUCGAGGAGAGCAAGAAAGAUCCGGACGAGGUCUUCUGCUCGUAGGGUGGUGGUGAAAGAAGCUCUGACGUCAAUGAGUUUGGAGAAAGCAGCAGCACUGCUGCUUCAAGAAUACUGUGCCAAUUUUUAUACUGUACAAAAUUAUUUCCCUUUUCAUUUUGAUUAUUUUGAUAUAUCAGAUUAUAUGUUAUUUUCUGGUUGGGCUCUGCAAUUUGUCUGUAGCAAGUUGGAAAUAUUUUUUUGUUUUGACUGUAGAUUCUUUUUUUUUUCUUCUAUGUUGGUGGUACUUCCAAUAAUUUGAAAUGGUUCCUUUCAAUUUAUUUUAUGUGUGCACCCAGUAUAAUAACCUGCCUCAUUAUGAAUGCAUGAGCAAGAUGAAAAUAUAGUCGA